AUGCGGACUUAAAUAUUGCAGUGAAAUUCAAGGUAACCGUGAGUUAAAUGUAAAAAGAGCAACAACACCAACAACAACAACAAAAAAGACGCCUGGCGGACCUAAUUUUGUUCGCCGGAACGCUUGUUUCGAGGGACGCAUUUCAGAGUCGUACCUUAUGAAAGCGUGACAUUUAAAUCGAUUAUGUUGUUUGUAGGGCAUUUUAACACUUGAUUAAAUUCUUUAUUUACCUACGGAAUAUAGCCAUCCACAAUGAUUCGCUUAAAGCUCUGACUAAUUCUGAGGAAAAGGCAGUAAAGAUACGUGUUGGCGCUGUUUGGAUAUUGAGCAGGAUGAUUCGGGGGAGGUUUUUGUUAGCUACUGGGCUCCAGUGGUGCAGGUGCAGAGUGAGCUGUCAUAUCAAAAGACACUACAGCUUUCUACCAGAUGAUGUCAAAUCACUGCGAGCUGUGGCCAACCCGGACAUAUCCAAGAUCCGAAACAUCGGAAUUAUGGCUCACAUUGAUGCAGGAAAGACAACGACCACAGAGAGGAUGCUUUAUUACUCGGGCUAUACGAGAGCACUAGGAGACGUGGACGAUGGUGAUACAGUCACAGAUUUCAUGGCUCAAGAGAGGGAGCGUGGCAUCACCAUACAGUCAGCAGCAGUCACGUUUGAUUGGAAAUCUCAUAGAAUAAAUCUCAUAGACACCCCAGGACAUGUUGACUUCACUCUCGAGGUUGAGCGGGCCCUCCGUGUUCUUGAUGGGGCUGUUGCAGUGUUUGAUGCUUCUGCUGGUGUUGAGGCUCAGACUCUGACCGUGUGGAGACAAGCAGAGAAGCACCACGUUCCCUGUGUUUGUUUCCUGAAUAAGAUGGAUAAACCCACAGCGAACUUAAGUUUCUCCAUUGAGAGCAUUAGACAGAAGUUGAAAGCCAAUCCAGUCCUCCUGCAAAUUCCUGUGGGCUGUGGUAAAAACUUCUCAGGUGUGGUCGACUUGUUAACCAAUCAGAAGCUGAUAUGGAAGCCAAAGUCUGUGAGAGACGAUGAUGGACGAAUGUUUGAAAGCAAACCUCUUGAUCAGUCAGACGAGCCGGAGCUCCUGCAGGAGGUCAGCGAGGCCCGGGCAGCUUUAAUUGAGCAGGUUGCUGAUCUGGAUGACGACCUUGCUGAACUGUUGCUGACUGAUUUUAGUGACAAUUUCAAUGCUGUUCCCUCCAUCAAACUGCAGGAGGCCGUGCGGCGGGUGACUCUGGCCCGUAAAGGCGUCCCUGUACUCUGUGGGAGCUCUUUGAGAAACAAAGGUGUUCAGCCUCUUUUAGACGCCAUCACCGCCUACCUGCCGGCCCCCGAUGAACGCCACCAUGACCUAGUGCGGUGGUACAAGGACGAAUUAUGCGCUCUUGCUUUUAAGGUUCUCCACGACAAGCAGCGCGGCCCUCUGGUAUUCCUCAGGAUUUACUCUGGUACCUUAAAAUCGCAGACUGCCGUCCACAACAUCAACAGGAACAGCGUGGAGAGGAUGAGCAGGCUGAUGGUGCCAUUUGCUGAUCAGCAUGUAGAAAUCCCCUCAAUGACGGCAGGAAACAUCGCUCUGACUGUCGGACUGAAGCAGACAGUCACAGGGGACACCAUCACUUCAUCGAAGGCUUCAGCUGCAGCUGCAGCCCGCCGAGCCCAGAAGGACGGCGGGGCAGGGAAGAAGCGCGGGGAAAAUGCCACCGUGGUCCUUUCAGGAGUGGAGGUCCCUGAUCCCGUCUUCUUCUGCACAAUAGAACCGCCCACCAUGGCCAAACAGGCUGAUCUUGAUAAUGCACUCAACUGCCUCCAGAGAGAAGACCCCAGUCUUAAAGUCAGGCUUGACCCUGAGUCUGGACAGACCAUUUUGUGUGGGAUGGGAGAGCUGCACAUUGAGAUCAUACACGAUCGGAUCAGAAGAGAGUAUGGUAUUGAGACUCACCUUGGGCCUCUGCAGGUGGCUUACAGGGAGUCCAUUCUGCAUGAGGUCUCCACUACAGAUACGCUGGACCGUACUAUUGGGGAGAGACGACAUAUCGUGACAGUGGGGCUGGCCGUCGCACCUCUGGACAUCUCCGCUACGGGUGAUUCAUGUGAAGUAGCUUUUACAGAGGAACUGGCGGCGCAGCUACCACCAGAAAUGAAAGAAGCAGUGGAGAAUGGAGUCAACAGCUCGUAUCUUCAAGGUCCAUUGCUGGGAUAUCCUGUACAAGGUGUAUCUACACUGAUCCAAAGUGUCAACAUGCAACCAGGAACGUCUCCUGCCAUGGUGUCCGCCUGUGUGUCCCGCUGCAUGCUGAAGGCCCUGAGGCUCGCAGGAGGUCAGAUCCUGGAGCCAUUGAUGUCCUUGGAGGUGACUGUCGGGGAGGAACGCCUCAGCUCCGUGCUGGGGGACUUAGCCCAGAGGCGAGGAACUGUCCAAGACAUCCAGAGUCGUCAGGACGACAAGGUGCUGCUCGCAACUGUGCCGCUGGCUGAGAUGAUGGGCUAUUCCACCAUCCUGCGAACACUGACAUCGGGCAAUGCCACCUUCUCGCUGGAGCUGGACACCUAUGAGACCAUGAACCCCCAGGACCAGAACACCCUCGUUAAAAGAAUGUCUGGUCUGCUGUGACCCCGUUUUCAACGAUGUAAUAACUGUGCAGAAAUGGAAACAAUGGCCUUCUGAAACAGAAGCUGGCUGCUACCCAAACAGAAUUUUAAAAGACUUAAAAGUAAAUAUCAGAGUAAGUAACUAAAAUGCUAUUUGUAAUAUGAAUACACAGGAUAUACAGGAAAGAAGACAAUACAAAUGAUGUACCAUGUUGUUGCAACAAUUGCAAUUAAAGUUUUUGAAAAA